AUGAGGUGGACUGCUGCAUGGAGACGACCGCUGCUUGAAGGCGAAGGAGCACGGAGAUCGCGAUUGAGGCCCCUGUCUGCAAAGUACAGCACGAAGCCUCAACGGUCCACAAAUCCAAGCCAGCAGCAAUCCCAAAGAAACGCGUCCGAAUCGUCUCGAGAGAUCACAGAAGUGCCGUCAGAGUGGGCUGCUCAGGCUCGACAUUACUUGCGCGCCAUCCUACGCGAAUGCACAUAUCUCCCUGAUCCCCAGGCUCGCCGUUACAUCAGUCAAUACGCCCUCUCGCGAUUCCGGAAGUCCGACUUCAAAUUCAAGAACCCCGACAACAAUGAGGAACAAGACCUCGAGGCCGAGAAGAGACGGCUGCACAAAGACGCGCAAAAGCAGUUGAACAAGCUGGUUAGGGCCAACAAUGGAGAUCGAAGACCGCUCUUGAAGGUCCUGCUGGCAGCCUAUGGCAGAGAGGGGAAGCGAAGACGUGAGCUCAUGCAGCUCUGGAUGCCUAUUGCUGGAAAACAGAAGAUCGAUACAAUCUUGUCAGAAGCAGCAAAUAGAGCUGAAGUACCCGAGAAGGACGCAUUGGGCCCUUUGGAAGCUUGCGGGACCGAAGCUUCGAACCGUAGGAGCGAAGACAGCCAGAUUCUCCCGCGACUCUCGCCUGCGAUGGACGCUCUUGUUAAAUCUCAAGCGCAGGCAGCUCCACCAUAUCUCACGAGGCCUAAUCCCAAGAAGCUGAGCCCAAACGUGCCCGUCUUGAACGCCAAACUGAAGCCAAUGCCCAAAUCGCGCGUGAGAAAUUUGACUAAGAAAUGGUACGCGGAUAUUCUCGACCGCGUGCUGCCACCGCUACCUACCGAGGAAUGGCAUCGGCUACGCUAUCUUGCAAGUGGGAAAACUCUGCUUGGACCAUUGCCUCAACUACGAAGUCGUGAAUCAUCUAUCAGAGCAGGGUACGGUGCGCAUUCCAGUGCACUUGAGACCGUGGUGGCGAAAGGUAUACGCAAACUCGACAAGGAAUCAUGGGUCCAAGUAUCGCACCGGGAGAAGAUCACGCCGCGCUUCAUGCAACGUCUCUAUGCUCAAGUAUUCGGGCAGUGCCCCUUGAUGGACUGGGACGAUUCGAAAAAUCGAUGGAACAUUACUUGGGGACACUAUGCUUUGCACAAAACGCAACAGCCCGAGCACUCUUUUGCCGCAAAGCACCUGCCGUUCAAGUCCAGUUCAGACUCCACGGCGGAGACUGAACAAUCGACUCCGGGCUAG